AUGCCGGGAGCCCUCGCGCACAUUAGCCUCUUGGCUGGGCUGCUCCUGCAAAGCUCUACAGUGUUCGGUGCAGACGUGAAGAGCACGAAUAUCAAGUUUCAUGAGGGCCUCCCGCGCGAGGAGAAAUGGAAGUCCAACGGCCACAUGGGCAUCACGCUGUGGAUGACCGGCCUUUCGGGCAGUGGCAAGAGCACGAUUAGCGUGGCUCUGGAGAGGGCCCUGGUGGAGAUGCAGCCCAAGAGCUACUUCGUGUACCGCUUGGAUGGCGACAACUUGCGGUUCGGGCUCAACAGGGAUCUGGGCUUCAGCCCUUCCGACCGGAAGGAGAAUGUCCGACGAGUCUCCGAGGUGUCCAGGCUCUUCGCGGAAGCCGGAGCCAUUGUGAUCGCGGGCCUGAUCUCGCCUUACGCUGCCGAUCGCGAAUAUGCACGCGAGGUCUUCGUAGAUGCGCCUCUGGCGGCCGUGGAGAGCCGGGAUCCGAAGGGCCUCUACAAGAAGGCCCGGGAGGGCAAGAUCAAGGGCUUCACCGGCAUCGACACCGUGGACCAGAUCAUCAAAAACACGUUCGUGCAAUUUCCAUACGCUGGCAGGCCUGCGAACCCAGAGGUGCACGUACGAACUGAUCAGCUGACUGUACGUUCGCAAACUUUCAUGGGUAGCAACGAGGCUGACAUUGUCCGGCUCGACGAGUUCGGCAUCCAUUUGCAGCAGACCUUCAGGCAGCUGGAUGAGUCGACGGGUGAGUGCGCGGCCGUGCAGGAGAAGUCCAAUGCACUCAAGGCGCAAGCUCUCGAGGAGCAACGUCGUGAAGCGCGCUCACGGAAGGAGCUGCAGCACCAUCUCGUCCUACAGCGCCAGCGAUGCGAGGCGAGUGAGAGCGCUACGGAGGUGGCAGCCCAGGCCAAGAUUUCCAGCUCGGAGCAGAAGAAGGCACGGCUUCUGAGCGAGGCCGCGCACGACGCUCGGCUGGAGCUGGCCCGGGCCAGAGCAGGUGUGGGUUCAGCGCGAACCCAUGCCAGAAGUGAGAUCGCACAGCUGCGAAGCAGUUUGGCAGCAGCGCAGCGUCAGCUUCAAGAGACCAGCCGGGAGAGUGCACAAUUGCAGCGAGAGGAGGAGUGGCUGGCAGACCAGCACAACAGCUUGCGGGCCGUUGAAGGCGACCUCCGCUUGGAGGAGUUGGAGCUGCAAGGAGCGCGGUUACCUAAGCUGGAGGCCGAUGUGGAGCGCCGGCGCUCCACCCGUGAACAGCUUGGGCAUCAGUGUUUACAGGUCCGCGCCGCGCAAGAGACGGAGCUUCGAAUCAUCCGCGAGGAGCUGAGGGCAGCACAGGUGGCCCGGGCCGAGGAGCUUCUCUCAGCUGCCGGCACCACCCUGGGUAAAGUCGCUUCGGCGAAGGCAGCAUCUCCAGUACCUGCCGUGGGAAUCGGAGGCGCCGGCUAUCCUGGCAAGCAGGAGGAGGCUGACCGAAGCCUACUGCAUGUGGAGUUCGCUUUAAAUAGGCUGAUGGCGGAGCUGGUCGUGUAUGGCCGUGAAACCUGCGGCCUCUGCUCCAAAUUCAAGAAGGAGUGCGAUGCGAAAGACCUGAAGUACAGAUGGAGCGACAUCACUGUGAAUGAAAACAAGGAAAAUGUGAUUUCUUGCUUUUUCCUUGGUGGCACCUUUGGGCUUCCGCUGGUCGACGUUUACGGGGAUAUGCAGCAAAGGCCAACUGUCGACGUUGUCUUGGCGGCCAAGAAAGCAUUGCCAAGCGAUUCCGAAGUGGACAAGAUCAAGAAGCAGUUCAAGGAGCUUGAUGUGAACAAGGACGGCACUCUCAGCUUCGAGGAGAUGAAGAAGAUGAUGGUGACGCUGAGCCCAAAGCUCUCUGAGGUUCAACUACAGUCGCUCGGCCCGAUGGACCGGAAGCUCUUCUGCGCGGCGGAUGUAGACCAGAGUGGCACGGUGGAACUGGAUGAGUUCAUCGACUUUGUCCUCAAAGGAAAGCAAGUCGUGGCAAAGAUCGUCCAGGAGGGACCUUGCUUAAUGUAG